UAUAAAUACAGACCUGCUUAACAGUUUUUCCCCCCUUUUUUUAUUAUUAUUAUUAUUUACUCUAUUUAAUAUAAAUUUAUAACAUGUUGGAUUCUACUCGUGUUCUUAACAAUGAGAGCGGUUAUGCUGCCAAUGUCUACGAAGAUAAGGAAAGCCAAAUGCUCAAGGUAUGUGAUAAUCUCGAACAACUUGGUUUCCUUCCCAAGGAGUUGGUAAAGAACGAGGUCUCUUGGUUCUACAGCAACCUUAACAUUGAUGAUUACUACUUUGCUCUCGAGAGUGUUGAAACCAUCUCCAAUCACAUCAUGUCUCUUUACGGUGCCAAAAUCUUGGCUUACACCAAGAACGAAAACGUUUUGGACAUCAAUUUGCAAAAGGAAACUGAUGAUUCUGCCGUCUAUAUCCACUCUUCUGAGCCCGGUGUUUCUCAAAUCUAUGGUCCUCAACAUGAAAAGGCUAUUGACGAAAAGUUCUUGGACAAUUCCACCUCAGCUGAAGCUUAUCGCGUAGAAUCAUAUCGUUCCAGCUCUAAUGGCGGUGGUUUAACUUCUCAACUUCGUAGUUAUUUUGUCACCAAGUGUGAGUUUGAAAACGCUGAACCUACUCCCGAACAAGAGACCGACAUCAAGCAAGUGGCUGACAAGAGCUUCUUGAAGAAGGCUACUGAUUAUACUUUAAACCUCUACGGUGAUGUCAUGCAAACUGUUCUUCAACGUACUGGUCCUGUCAUUGAAAUGUAUGAAGUCAAGGGCUCUCGUGAACGUCGUCUCAUCAUUGGUUACCGUCAAAGAAGCACCAAGGGUUUCUUCUCUGCUGUUUCCGAUUUAUACCAUUAUUAUGACUUGUACUCCACCCGUAAAUAUGUUGAACAAUUCUCUAACGGUGUUACCAUUAUUGGCUUGUACUUGCAUCCUGUCCCCCAAUCUAAGGCUGCCCCUAUUGAGCAUUCUAUCUAUCAAGUCAUGAAGGAAGCCUCUCUCUUAUACUGUCUUCCCAAGACUCCUCUCCAACAAUAUUUCCAAACUAACAAGCUCUCCGUCCAAGAAAUGGUUUAUGGUUACGUUGGUUGGAUCUUUGCUCAACAUUUCCUUAACCGUUUGGGUAAGGAAUACUUGAGUUUAACUUCUAUUUUGGAUCGUGCCAACCCCGUUCACGAAGAAGUCCUUUCCAAGUUGAAGAAACGUCUUCGUCAAGAUACCUUUACUCGUGAAUAUAUUCUUGAUAUCAUGAAGAGAUACCCUGAAUUGCUCAAGGUUCUUUAUGCCAAUUUUGCUACUACUCAUUAUGUUAACCAACGUGAGGCCUCUCUCCAACCCACCAUCUCUUACCAACGUUUGACCAACAUGGAGGUUUUGUCCGUCGCUGAUAUCAGCAAGAAGAUCAAGUCUGUCACAUCCAAUGCUCAUGAACAAUUGGUCUUUGAAUCUUUCUUGACCUUCAACAAGCAUGUCCUCAAGACUAACUUCUAUCAAACUACCAAGGUUGCUCUUUCUUUCCGUAUGGAUCCUAGCUUCUUGCCUGAAAUUGAAUACCCUGCUCCUCUCUAUGGUAUGUUCUUGGUCGUUGGCUCUGAAUUCCGUGGUUUCCAUCUUCGUUUCAGUGAUGUUGCUCGUGGUGGUAUCCGUAUGAUUCGUUCUCGUAACAGAGAAGCUUACUCUAUCAACUUGCGUACUCUCUUUGAUGAGAACUAUAACUUGGCCAACACCCAACAUCGUAAGAACAAGGAUAUUCCCGAAGGUGGAUCUAAGGGUACCAUUCUCUUGGAUGUCGAUCAACAAGAUAAGCCUCUUGUUGCCUUUGAAAAGUAUGUUGAUUCUGUUCUUGAUUUAUUGAUCGAUGGUGAAACCAUUGGUGUUAAGGAGAAGUUGGUUGAUUUGACUGAGAAGCCAGAGAUUCUUUUCUUCGGUCCUGAUGAGGGUACUGCUGAAUACAUGGAUUGGGCAUCUCAACAUGCUCGUAGACGUGGUGCCGGUUUCUGGAAGGCUUUCACCACUGGUAAGUCUCAAAGCCUCGGUGGUAUCCCCCAUGACUUGUAUGGUAUGACUACUCGUUCUGUUCAUCAAUAUGUUCUUGGUAUCUACCGUACUUUCAACCUCAAGGAAGAAGAAUGUACCAAGCUCCAAACUGGUGGCCCCGAUGGUGAUUUGGGUUCCAACGAAGUCAAGAUUUCAGGUGACAAGACCGUUGCUAUUGUUGAUGGCUCUGGUGUCCUCUAUGAUGCCGAGGGUAUUGACCGUGAAGAAUUGACUCGUUUAGCUACAUCUCGUUUGAUGAUCAGCAACUUUGAUAUUGAAAAGUUGUCUGCCUCUGGUUUCCGUGUUCUUGUUGAUGAAGACAAUGUCACUUUACCCGACGGUACUGUUGUCGAGAAUGGUCUUUCCUUCCGUAACACUUUCCAUACUAACGAACUUGCUCGUGCCAACUUGUUUGUUCCUUGUGGUGGUCGUCCCGAAUCUGUCGGUUUGGAUAACGUACAUAAGCUUAUCGGUGAUGAUGGUGUCCCUCUUUUCAAAUACAUUGUUGAAGGUGCCAAUCUUUUCUUCACUCAAGAAGCUCGUCUUCGUCUCGAAAAGGCCGGUGUUGUUAUCUUUAAGGAUGCUUCUGCUAACAAGGGUGGUGUUACCUCAUCUUCUCUUGAAGUCUUGGCUGCUUUGUCUUUCAACGAUGAAGAAUUCGAUCAACACAUGUCUGUCAAGGGUGAUGUCGUUCCUGAAUUCUACGAAGCCUAUGUCGUGGAGGUUCAAAACUUUAUCGAACACAAUGCUGCCCUUGAAUUCGAUGCUUUAUGGCGCGAACACAAGCUCACCAAGACCCCUAUUUCUAUUCUUUCUGAUGAACUCUCCAAUGCGAUUGUUCAACUUCAAGCACAAUUGCAAGGUUCUGGUCUCUGGGAUAACGCUAGUCUCCGUACUACCGUCUUAAACCGUGCCUUCCCCAAGUUGCUUUUGGAUACCCUCGGUCUCGAUACUUUACUCGAACGUAUUCCCGAAAGUUACGUCAAAUCUAUCUUUGGCGCUUAUCUUGCCUCCCAAUUCGUUUACAAGUACGGUGCUCACCCCGAUAACUUUGCUUUCUUUGAAUUCAUGCGCGAAAACUUCUAAGUUUUUUUGCACUGUAAAACUACCUCUUAUUAAUUCAUUUGUACUAUAACACCAAAAAAAUCUCUCUUUCAUAACUUCUUUUUUGUAAUAAAUUUAAAAAUUUAGUUGAUAUUUC